CACACUUUGGCUGAACUUCUCAUUCUUUCUUGUAGUUGGCAAGCAUGAGCUGACUGGGCACAAAGUAGCGGUAAAGAUCUUGAACAGACAGAAGAUUCGCAGUCUUGACGUUGUGGGAAAAAUCCGCAGAGAAAUUCAAAAUCUGAAGCUUUUUCGGCAUCCACACAUAAUUAAACUGUACCAGGUUAUCAGCACACCCUCUGACAUUUUCAUGGUGAUGGAAUAUGUUUCAGGGGGUGAAUUGUUUGAUUACAUCUGUAAAAAUGGAAGGCUUGAUGAAAAGGAGAGUAGACGCCUCUUCCAGCAAAUCCUUUCAGGUGUGGAUUAUUGCCACAGGCACAUGGUAGUUCACAGAGACUUGAAACCUGAAAAUGUACUGCUCGAUGCACACAUGAAUGCCAAGAUUGCUGAUUUUGGCCUUUCAAAUAUGAUGUCAGAUGGAGAAUUUUUGAGAACAAGCUGUGGCUCUCCUAAUUAUGCUGCUCCAGAAGUAAUUUCCGGAAGAUUAUAUGCAGGCCCAGAAGUGGAUAUCUGGAGCAGUGGAGUUAUACUUUAUGCUCUGUUAUGUGGAACCCUCCCGUUUGACGAUGAUCAUGUGCCAACACUUUUUAAGAAGAUAUGCGAUGGUAUCUUUUAUACUCCUCAGUACCUGAAUCCAGCAGUAAUUAGCCUUUUGAAACACAUGCUGCAGGUGGAUCCUAUGAAGAGAGCUACAAUAAGAGAUAUAAGGGAACAUGACUGGUUCAAGCUCGACCUCCCCAAAUACCUCUUUCCUGAAGACCCAUCAUACAGUUCAACCAUGAUUGAUGAUGAAGCCUUAAAAGAGGUCUGUGAGAAAUUUGAAUGCACAGAGGAGGAAGUUCUCGGCUGUUUGUAUAAUCGAAAUCAUCAGGAUCCUUUAGCUGUUGCCUACCACUUGAUUAUAGAUAACCGGAGAAUAAUGAAUGAGGCUAAAGACUUUUACUUGGCAACAAGCCCACCAGAUUCCUUUCUUGAUGAUCACUUCUCCCGCCCCCACCCUGAAAGAGUGCCAUUUUUAGUUGCUGAACUACCAAGGCAGCGGCAUACGCUUGAUGAGCUAAACCCACAGAAGUCCAAACACCAAGGAGUCAGAAGAGCUAAGUGGCAUUUGGGAAUUCGGAGUCAGAGUCGACCAAAUGACAUAAUGGCAGAAGUUUGUCGAGCAAUCAAACAGUUGGAUUAUGAAUGGAAGGUUGUAAAUCCAUACUAUUUGCGUGUUCGAAGGAAGAAUCCAGUGACUGGCACUUAUUCCAAAAUGAGUCUACAGUUGUACCAGGUGGACAGUAGGACUUACCUAUUGGAUUUCCGUAGCAUUGAUGAUGAAAUUAAUGAAGUCAAAUCUGGGACUGCUACUCCCCAGAGGUCAGGCUCUGUGACAAACUACAAAUCUUGUCAGAAAGAUUUGGACACUGAUGCUCAAGGAAAAUCCUCUGAUAUGUCUCUUACCUCCUCGGUGACCUCUUCCCUCGACUCAUCUGCAGCUGAGUUGACCCCAAGAUCAGGGAGCCACACAAUAGAAUUUUUUGAAAUGUGUGCGAAUCUUAUUAAAAUACUUGCGCAAUGAUUUGUAGGGUUGGCUUAUUAUUAUUUUUUACAGCAAUAAGCAUGCCUAAAAAGAAAAAAAGAAAUCAUAGUCCUAUGCUUCCAAUUAUAAUCAAGUUACAGUUAACUUUGGCACUGAGAAGAUAGCCACACUGCAGUUUGCACAGGAAUUGACUAUAAAUUUAAAAGCAGUCUAGAUAUCUUCAUGUAACGAAGUAAAUUAUGAUUAGACAUGGUAUGAUUUGUGUGAAAGAAAAGGCAGCCUUGUUGAGCAGAGUUUGUUUUUUACUGUGUACACAUUGGGGCUUCAUGGACUCUGUAAACCAUACUCUUUUGUAGUUUGUCUUUAUAUUGCUGACUAUAUAUUCCUGUUACAGUAAAAGUGGUUAUUUGUUAGAUCAGGAUAAAAUGAAGAUGAUUUUUUGCAUAGCAGGCUUCAGUUGCCCCCUGAUCUAUCAUUACAACGGUUCCCUUUGACAAACAGCACUUGUCUCAAGGCUGCCAGUGGUAAAAAAAAAGGCUCCUAUCAUGUUUUUUAAUUACUUGAUGUGUCGACAGAUCUACAGUCAAACUAUGUGCUUGGAUUUUCCAUAAAAUAAAGGAGUGAGUAUUGUUAAGGCCAGUAGUGUGGGGGUUCACUAUUUAGGGACAGGAGGGAUAAGCCAGCACCAAAAGAGCUUUGGAACUUGUACAACCCUUUACAUAGAAAGUUUCAGAAGCACUGUGUGAUACUGCAAGGGAGGGACGCUGCUAUUCAAUGGCAGGGAGCAGACAGAAAUCCUAAUAUGAAUUCUACCUGAGCAUUUUAGUUGGGGGUUAAUUAGAGGAAGGGGCUCUCUGGCCACUGCAUAACUUUGUCCUUAGAAAGAUACAAAAUGUAUACUUGGCAGGUCUGCAGCUGUGCAAAUUAAUUUACUCAUGUCAUAUUAGUAGCUUCUUGCAUGCUACUAAACAAUAGGAUCCUGUGCCUAAAUCCCAUGAGAAUGUGGCUGAUAGGAUAACCCAAAUGGAUUAGUGCAUGCAGUUCUUGGAAGCUUACACUGAGAAGUUGGUGGCUUCUGUUUUCAUAUGGCUUUCGUAUCCAGGUUUCUUGGCAGAUAACUCUUCAAGCAAUGGGCGAUUUGGAUUUUGUCUCAGUUGCAUAGUACUUUUUUACACCACUUUUUAUACUGAAGAUUUGUAAAAGUAAUGGAACAUUAGGUAGCUCUGUUUGGCUUAGAAAUGUACAUAAACUCAUUGAUUAGCAAUGGGUGGGCAGGUUUGGCUGCUUGAAACAGCUUGUUUUUGAUUAUUACUAAAGUGCUGACAUAGUACUCAUGCCCAGAAUACAUGUUUAUUUAAUUCAACAAAUUGGGUGAAUUAGGAGAGGAUAUACAUACAAAAUCUACGUUUUCCAGUCUUUCAAGCCCAGCUCAGAUACAUCACUUAACCAUAGUUGUCUUUUGCCUUAAUUCUCUCUGGUCUCAAACACACAAGCUGUGUUUGAACAGAAUGAUAAGCAAGAAUUCAAUAUCAUUCUAAUUUACCAUGAGUAAGUUAUAUGUUUGGGCAUGCAGUUCAUUUCUCUCAUUUUGUUUUUCUCAACCACCAUAGCAGCUAAACAAACCAGGAAUGGCAUGUUGACUUUACUGGGGAUCUUGGCUUGUUGCUUCAAAAGGAUCCAGGAUUUGCAGAUGAUGGUUUGUUUUGGAUUUACAAUUCCUAAUUUGUUUUGGAACAACAAGGCAAGAAUCUAGUUCAAACAGAACCAUUUACAAAAGCAUUCAAUUUACAAAAGCAUUGGCACGUAGUUUAUUCACAGUCAUGCAGAACUCUGGUUCAUCUUUCUGUUUUACAAGACGACAGGGAAGUUGUGGGUCUACCUUGCCAAGGCAAGCCCUUCCCCUUGACAGCCUAUAGGAAGGAAUCAGAUAACUUCCUCUUCAACAUACAAGCAGAGAAAGAAAACUGAUUUGUUUACUAUGAUUUGCUUAGUGCAGGUGUUAUACUUCAACUGUGGAUAACACCAUUUUUUUGGAAAUCAAAGUUUUCAUACACUAGCUUAUGACUUAAGGAAACAACUUAUAGCUUAAGGAAACAAAACCAUGGUAAACAUUACAUGAAUAGGAUCUAUAGCAGUGACUCCCAAACUUUGGCCUUCUAGGUAUUUUGGACUUCUAGAAGCCCUGAUUAUUAUAGACCAAGGCAGGCAGGCAGGGCUUCUGGGAGUUGAAGUCAAAACAUCCGGAAGACUUAAAUGUGGGAAUCAUUGAUCUAUAUAUAUGUGCAGAUUCUAGAAAACACAGGUCUCUUAUUCCUUCUAUUCAGUGAAAAUUUCUGGUAGGAAGUGUUCUCAGUAGAUUCUGGCAGCAGUGAAUUAGGGGAAGCAAUGCACCUCUUCAGAUAGUAAUGCAAGCUGGAUCUGGUGAGCAAGCAGAUCUGUAUCUAGAAAUGAUUUGAAUCAAACCACACAUGCAGUUCCUUAUGCCUGCAACUACUGCGUGGAUUCAAGUUAUUCCUAUUUGUUGCUGUGUUAUCAUAUAAAAGCUUAAAUCUGGCAUUUUGUGCUGUCCUCAAUUUUCAAUGUACUUCAUAGUAGCUCUUCAGAUCUUUGUCACCUGCUGAUCUUUCAGAGAUACACACACACAUACAGUAGUCUUCUCACAUUAAUGUUUUCACAUCUCUUCAAACAUGAAACUUCAGAAUGCAACAGGGUCUGUAGAGUAAAACUUGACUAGUGGUCCUUAAUGUGUAUGUUUGCAAGGAGGUGAGGUGGGCAGGGUUAAAUGUUACUUUUUUGAUAUGUAGUACAGCUGUGACACCAUACAAAAGAAGGCUCUUUUACGGACGGAGUAGUAGUUUUGCUUUUUUUUAAAUUCACGGAAAAGUAUUUUUUUGUCUAGUUCUGCUGCACCAAUUCAGUAACUGUGAUUGUUAUUAGUUAUGCUGUAUUACUUUUGAAAUUGUUAAUAUUGCACUUGUCAAAUGGCAUAAACGCACACUUUUUCUUUGUUUUAUUGCUGGGUAGCCUCUAUGAUGUGUCCAGGACAUUAUGUUCUGUGGCUUUGGCAAACAUGAAACAACAGCGGGUCCAAGCCAUAUGUACCACCGCUGUAUUUUGUCUGUUUUAGUGGGACACACAGCCCAACUGUAUGCAUGUUUAUACAGGAUUACAUUCCACUGAGUUCAAUGAGGUUUCUUCUUUGGUAUGUCUGCAUUACGACUGCAGAUUUUGGUGUAACUCCUAUUCAGAUCCCACUGAAAUGGAUUGAAGAUUCUGCCAGCAGCAUCUGCUGAACUAUGUCCAGUGUCUUUGCAUUGAAGAAUGCAAAAAAAAAAAAAAAUCCUUCCAUUUUAUAUAUUUUGGUUGUUUUUGUUCUCAAGCUAUCUUCUAGGUUUUAAUUUUAUCUUAGUAUGUGGAAGCUAAAUUAUAUAGCAGAAGGGGACAAUUGCCGAUACUUAAAUGGUCAGUUUUAAAAAUUUUAAAAUAGCAUUUGUUCAGUAAAUAUUUCAUUUUCUAUACCAUUUUUAAUUUUUUUUCAUAAUCGGGGCUGUCUGAUGUAUAAUAUUCAAGCAAAAAUUGCUUUUUCAUAUUUUUUUUUACACUUGCAGUAAAAUGUUGAUCCUGAAAUUGUGUGUAUUUAAACUAGGCCUUGUGUGGUCUUGCUGUAGAGGCUGAGAAUUGGCUUUUCUUAGUGUUACAUCUGGACAGAAUGGUAGCUGGUCAUGUUGCAAGAGGAACUGCUUUGCAAAAGAGACAGCUGUGGAACUGUGAAGAAAAAGGGCUUCCUUAAUAGCUUCAUCAGAAGGAACAAAAGCUCUCAUAAGGGUUCAUUGUGCAACAGGCCAAGUAUCCUUUCUAAAAAAAAUGUUUCUCCAAGUUUGAUCCAGUGGGAAAGCCCUUCAACUGUCCAUGUGCAAUGUAAUUUAACACUGGCGAGAGGAUAGAAGUCCAUUUUUGUGGUGCAAUAUUUUCAAAGACCAACUUUCAUCUAUGUUUUGACAUCUUAAGUGUUUCAAUAUAAGUUUUGAAAUUGUUACUUUGUCACCUGAUUCCCCCUCCCCAUUUCAUUAUACAGCUUAAUGAAUGGAUGAUCACCUCUUACAAACAAGAUGUGCCUACUUCUAUUGCAGAUUUUCUCUAUCUCUUUUUGUUGGCAAUACUGAAUGAAAAACUGCUUGUGAUAGCUGUAUAUGACUUGUUACUUUUAACAAACAUUAAAUUGUAUGCAAGUAAA